AGUAUAUCGGUUAGUACACGCGCCUGUCAUAACCCUCUCCUUCGUUGGUCGCGCGAAAGCGGGGUUCGACUCCCCGACAGAGAGUUUUUUGGAACCGUCAAACUGUUCGGCAUGUGCCGAAAUGCCUUCAUUCCCUCCAGUUCAGUGAGGCUAGCGCUGAGUACAUACACUGAUACAGUGCCGUGCUAUAAGUACAUACGCACACCGGUUCCUACUGCUCCCAUCACCUGCGUUUUCGUCGCUAACAACAUGACAAGCGCGUCAGGCUGUUCUGUACCAAGUCAUGACUUAUUCCAAGGCACAGCGCUGCUCAGCCCUUUCGUGCCGAGGCGAGUGCAGGAUCUAUGGGGUGCGUACAGAUCUAGCUAUCCACACCUUGAUAGACAACAGUAUAUUUGCGUGCCAGGUGCGCAUGGAGGCGCCGUUGCGACAGGCGACCGAAAAGCGACCCAUGUCUUCUGUCGUGACAUGGAGGAUCCCUGGCUACCUAAACUAUUACAUCGUGCCAUACCAGUCUUCCACAUGAAAUGGAUCAACGACUCAGUUGCAUGGGGCUUCCUGCGCCCCAUCAACCACUACGUGCUGGAUGGCCGUCGUCGAUCCCGCUCAUCCAUUCUACCGGGAGAAGAUUCUCAAGCUACUCUAUGCGCCUCCGAAGACAGCAUCCUGCAGGACGAACAGCUUGAAGACCUUCCUAGCUCUCAAACUCUGGUCGAUUUUGCUGCGAGUUCGACCACUGUCGCGAAACGGAAAGGCUCACCUGAAGGGGGCAUGUUUUCCUCGGGACGGCCUCGGAAGACAGCCCGGAUAGCGCACUUCGACCACGAAGCCGACUCUAUCACCUCGUCGACUCCUCAUACCAAACACUCCGCCAAGACUGGCCGUCGAACCAAGGCCACGCCAUAUCUGGAUCUCCGCAGAGUCGCUGCGAGCGCGGGGGCAUCGGCUCUGGAGUACGAACCCUUGGGCGGCUUUGGUGCAAGAAAGGUUGCUGCUGCGUCGUCUGAACUGCGCCAACUUAUGGAGGACUCGGAUGCUUCGCGCCCUCGGGUCUCUGUCGCCGUCGCCCUGAACAUCCUGUGCGAUGUCCCAACUGACAACGCGGUGAAAUUCAUACCAGGCCAUAUACACGAGGGUAAAGAUUUCCGCUGCAAGUUUGUCUCGCGAAGUACAAAAGCCAAAGUCAAGAACUAGUUCUGUUUCAUUCUCGUUUUGGGCCUCUUUGUCACUCUGUGUAGCUUGAUCGUGUAAUGUUGGUCUGUAAAACUAGCUGUAACUCCCCAAUUUAUAUGCACCAG